CUUCCUUAACUUCAAAUCUCUCUUUACUUCGUUUAUUCAUAUCCUCUGGAGCUGAGAGGCGGAAUUUAUCCGUCAUUAGAAUAUCAUGGCACGGUUGUCCCAGUGGCUAUGCUUGUUCGCUGUCUUAUUCACUAUAGUAAGGAAGAUAGAAGGCAAAAUAAAUGUUACUUUAACAACCCUUGAUUCAGCAGUGUCUAAAGGAGCAGUUUGCUUGGACGGCAGUGCACCUGGAUAUUACUAUGACAAGGGUCAUGGAGAAGGUGUGGAUAAAUGGGUAGUAUUCAUAGAGGGAGGAGGGUGGUGCAUGAAUGCUCAACAUUGCAAGUAUCGAGGCCCGACAAGAUUAGGGUCUUCAAAGUACAUGUAUCCAGUGAUUGGAAUGGGAGACAUGAUGAGCAAUACUCCUGAUGAAAAUCCAGAGUUCUAUAACUGGCAUAGAGUCCAUGUUGCUUAUUGUGAUGGAUCAUCUUUCACCAGUGACGUUGAUGGAGUUGACCCAGUUACAAAUCUAACGUAUAGAGGUGUAAGGAUUUUUGAUGCAUUGAUGGAGGACUUCCAAGCAAAGGGAAUGAAAAAUGCUAAAAACGCAAUCUUUGCAGGAAGUUCAGCUGGGGGAGUAGCUGUGAUGUUACAUUGUGAUUAUUUCCGUGCUCUUUUUCCAAACACCACUAGAGUGAAAUGCCUUGCAGAUUCUUCGUACUUUAUAAAUGACGAAAAAUUGGAAGGAGACAAACUAUUUCAAUCGAGUUUUGACUAUUUAGUUGAUACAAUGGGAUCAGCUAAAUGGUUGCCUAAAGAAUGCACUUCAAAGAUGAAAGCUUCUUUGUGUUUUUUCCCUCAGUAUUCAUUACAAUAUGUCAAGACUCCAAUUUUUCUAACCAUGUCAGCAUUUGAUCAAAUUCAGUUGAAGUAUGGUUUGACAUUCCCAAUUACGAGUUGCAUUACAUUUAACAACUGCACCCUCAACGAGAUGAAAAUUGCGCAAGAGUUAAGAAUGGACUUUUUAAGUUUACUACCUAAAGGAAACUCGAACUCAAUAGCAAUUUGGGUCACCAAUUGUGUUGGCCAUGAAUUCACAUAUAACUCAUGGUAUGGACCCAAGAAAUUGAGAGUCAUUGGCAACAAGACUUAUGCAGAGGUAUUUGUUGAUUGGUACUUUGAUCGAAAUACAAGUCCAAUUCGAGCAAUAACGAAGUCCGAAAAGCCCCUCAAUUGCUCUACAUUUGAGGCAAAUCCACGACAGCCUUAAAGUAUUAUAAUCUAUAUGUAAUCAUCAUUCAAGUCAAUAAAAUUAUUUUCUAUCUAUUUUGGGUUA